UCUGGUCCUAUCCCCUCGUAUGUCAAAGACGAGGAAACUGAGGUUCGGGGGAGAGAGCCGUAGCUUAGAAAGGGGCAGGUAGGUCCAAACCCCGAUCCUCUGACGCGCGGCCAUCCCUAGGCUGCUUCCCCCUUGGGUUGCCCCUUUCCUUCCUUCCCGUUUCCCACCCAAAAAGCAAACGAGACGCCGACACCUCCAGGGCUCCUAGAGCGCAGCCGGAAGCUGCUGUAGAGCCAGGCGAUGACCGGCACCUACUUCCGGUCAGCCAUUGUUCUUUUUAUCCUUCCGUGAAUGGCGGAGGUCUUCGUCUUCUGCCCUGCCCUUUCCUCUCCCUCCCCGUCGGGACCCUGGAGGUCGCUCAGUCGCUGUUCCCUGUGAAGUCAUCCUGAGCCUGAGAUAUUCAAGACAGAAUUCUGAGACUAGAAGUAGAGGCAGGGACUCUGGUGAGAGGCUGUGAUGACUGCAGAGGUGAGGAAAGCCAGGUGUCUGGCCCCUAAGCUCUUGGGCAUCCAGAAGAAGAGGGACAAAUCCCGGGGACCAGGAUCGAGCCUGCAGCAGGACAGCCAGAUCAGCUGUGAAGUCUUUCGGCAACACUUUCGGCAGCUGUGUUACCAUGACACCUCUGGGCCCCAGGAGGCCCUGAGCCAACUGCGUGACCUUUGUGGACGCUGGUUGAGGCCAGACAUGAACACAAAGAUGCAGAUCCUGGAGCUGCUGGUGCUGGAGCAGUUCAUCACCAUCCUGCCUGGGGAGAUGCGCACCUGGGUGCAGCUGCACCGUCCAGAAAGUGGAGAGGAAGCAGUGGCCAUGGUGGAGGACUUCCAGAGACACCUUAAUGGACUAGGACAGAAGGAAUUGGUGACAUUUGAGGAUGUGUCAGUGGACUUUGCCAAGAAGGAAUGGAAGAGUUCAGCGCCUGCUCAGAGGGCCUUCUUUCGAGAUUUGAUGCUGGAGAAUUAUCGGGAUGUAGUAUCACUGGCAGGAUUUCCGUUUUCAAAACCUACAGGGAUCUCCCGGAGAGAGGAAGAACCAUGGGGCCUAAGUCGUCAGGGACCUCUGGACUUGGAAGGUGGCAAAAGCACCUGUACAGAAGGUGGUAAUGUUACUGAGAAUGAGGAGACCACUUCAAAGCAAGAAAUUUUUGGUGAAUCACAAUCACAUAGUAGUUCAUCAGAAGGUCUCCAGACAGAUGUUUUCCAGGCAUCUAAAGCUGGAGAAGCCUGUGAAAGGGAAAGCAUUUUAGAGCAGCAACAAAGAGCACUCCCAGAGGAAGAAGUUAGGAGAAUUGAUGGUGAUUUUAUGGAAGUGAUAGUGCAGAAUAAGAAAAUCCCUGUUGAAGAGAGAGAUGAGAAAUGUAAAGACUUCUGGAAAAGUUUUAGUCUUGUCUCAAGCACUGUUACACAGGAGAAAAUUCCAAGGGGACAGAAAUCUUAUCAGUGUAAUGAAUGUGGCAAAUACUUCAAUAGGAGCUCACACCUUAUUGGACAUCAGAGAAUUCAUACUGGAGAGAAACCUUAUGAAUGUAAUGAAUGUGGGAAAAGCUUCAGACAGACUUCUCAGCUUAUUGUACAUCUGAGAAUCCACACAGGUGAGAAACCCUAUGAAUGUAAUGAGUGUGGAAAAGCUUACCGUCACAGCUCACAUCUUAUUCAUCACCAGAGACUCCACAAUGGUGAAAAACCUUAUAAAUGUAAUGAAUGUGUGAAAGCCUUCACUCAGAGCUCUCAACUUAUUGAUCAUCAGAGAAUCCAUACUGGUGAGAAACCGUAUGAGUGUAACAUGUGUGGUGAAGCCUUUAGUCGGAGUAAAAGCCUUAUUCGACAUCAGAUCCUUCACACUGGGGAGAAACCUUAUAAGUGUAAUGAAUGUGGGAAAGCCUUCUGUUCUAAUAGGAAUCUUAUUGAUCAUCAGAGAACUCACACUGGGGAGAAACCUUAUCAGUGUAAUGAGUGUGGCAAGGCCUUUAGCAGGAGCAAAUGCCUUAUUAGACAUCAGAGCCUCCAUACUGGGGAAAAACCUUACAAAUGCAAUGAGUGUGGGAAGACCUUCAGUCAAGGUUCUCAACUUAUUGACCAUGAGAGAAUUCACACUGGAGAGAAACCUUUUGCAUGUAGUGAGUGUGGCAAGGCAUUUAGCCUGAGCAAGAGCCUUAUUCGACAUCAGAGACUUCAUACUGGAGAGAGACCUUAUAAAUGCAAUGAUUGUGGAAAAUCCUUCAAUCAGAACUCACACCUUAUUAUACAUCAGAGAAUUCAUACUGGAGAGAAACCCUAUGAAUGUAAUGAAUGUGGGAAGGUCUUCAGUUAUAGCUCAAGUCUUUUGGUACAUAAGAGAACUCACACUGGUGAGAAGCCUUAUGAAUGUCAUGAUUGUGGAAAAGCUUUUAGUGACAGCUCACAACUAAUUGUACAUCAGAGAAUCCACACUGGGGAGAAACCCUAUGAAUGUAAGGAAUGUGGGAAAGCCUUCAGUCAGCGUUCAACUUUUAACCAUCAUCAGAGAAUUCACUCUGGAGAGAAACACUCACCUUUAAUCCACUCAGUCUUUUAGAUUGUGAUACUAAUAAUGGAGAACAACAGAAAAUUUCAUUUUUAUAAGAAAAAACCUCACCUUUGUUUUCAGAUGAAAACCCUCAUCCUAUUUUAUCCAAAAUCUUAAAUAUGUUUGCUUUAGUUUCACUGAGAGAUCAGGUGUGAGAAUGUGGAUGUUUUGGUCACACUAGUAGAAAAUGGACAACACUUUAACUUUAUCACUCAUGAUUUGCUAUGUAAAUAUCUCAAAUCCAUUCUUUGUUUCUGUUUUAUCUCCCCAAGCACAUUUUAAGCUCUGCAAGGCAAAUCUCCCUUUAUUCAGAUUGCUGUCUUUUACUGCCUACAUUCAACCACUUGUUUGAUUUACUUUGCUGUGUCUCUUGGCUACAUGUCUGUUUCUUUCCAUUUCUCCACUAUUCUAGGCCAAACACUUAGUAUAUUUAAUUAAACUUUAUUAGAGUGGGUGGUCCCUCCAGGUGGGCCUAUAUCCUGUAUCGGACAGGGAGCUGCCCAUGUUUUGGGAUGGUAUCUCCUUUCCUUCCUUCCCUCAAAUACUUACUUUUCCUCUUUUUAUUCCAUGCUGUUCAGGUUCUAUAAAAUGGAGCCCCAAACCUAUAUUCUGGUAGAAACAUUCUCCAUUUCCUUUCUCAGACUGAUUGGUUUUCAGUUUUUUUAAGAGUGUGCUUCAUUUUUGUGUUACUACGUCAAAGAUCUCUGAUUUUGUCUGUGACGCCCACAGAUUGCAACUUAACCUGAAAUUUAAUAGAUAUCUUAGAGAAUUUUGCAAUGAUCAGAGAGAUUAAGUGACUUGCCCAAGAACACACAGUGUCAAGAGGCAGGAUUUGAAUCAGGAUUUACUGACCCCAAGUCCAGCACUACCAUGCUUGUCAUUUGACUCGACAAAUGUUGAUAAUUUGCCAUGUAAUUAAUUAUAUUUUUUACCCCAGAUGGAGUGUAGGUUUUUCGAUGGCAGGGACUACCCCUUUCCCACCAUAUUUAAGCAACAACUGACGAUAAAGGUCCUCAAUAAAUAUUUUAAUAUUAAUAUAUGAUAUAACUAAUAGUGUGAUUAUCCACUGGUGGGCUCCACAUCUGCAUUAGACUGGGAGCUUUCUGAGGGUGAAUGAUGUUUCCUCUUUUCUCUCCAAGGAUGUGUUCAUGUGUGGAGUGGUCACAAGUGAUAGACUGGCCUUUAUGGUAAAGAAACUUAUCUUAUUUUUUUAUUCUUACUAUUAUUUUUUAAAAUUUAUUUACCUUAUUUUAUAGAGCACUUUGGAUAUUCUGUGUCAUUGUUUCAUUUUUCUAAUCUCAGGCACUUAAUAAUGAUAGUUGAAUUGAUUAGAUAAAACAUGGGCCUUCUUUUCAUGGAGCUUAUAGAUUUGUAGAGGGAUAAGAGACAUAGAACUAAAUAACCAAUACUCCAUGAAUAGUGCUCUAGAGAAUGGGACAGAAUUGUUUUAGCCAGAGGGGUCAGACUGACCAGCCAGGCCUGCGAAAUUCCCAGGUGCUUCAGAAUCAAAUUAAAAUAUAUUUAGGAAGGGUUUAAGACAACAAAUAAAAAUACACCCUAAUGGUAACAAGUGGCUUUCUAAGUGAGUAUGUGGCUCACAGACGGGGAUCCAGUUCCAUUUAGCUUUGACACCACUGCUUUAGACAGUAGCAAAGUCAAUUAAAUUUACCUUUACAGGUAAUUAAGCUUAAAGAUCUUUAUCUUGUGGAUAACUAGUAUUUUUCAGAUAUUCUGUCUUCUGUUUUUGUCAAUGACUCCUGUUACAAGCUAAGCAGAUGCUGAUCCUGGUUUUACUUUCUCCUCUUCUUCAUUAUUCUGUAUUUCUUCACAUAGAUUUUCUUCUCGCUCAGGGAAAUAGGUGGUAUUUUUCUGCUGUUCCCAUGGCAAUGUUUUCUGCUCAUGUGGUUCUGUGGGCUUGUCUGUCUGCCUAGUUGGAUACAGAUAACAUUUAUGAACAGAUCAAGUUAGAGCAGAGACAAAACCCUUUGUCUUCAUCAUUUCUGUGCAGUUGUUGCCACUCUGAAAGGCUUAAGGAGAACAGUUAUUUUGCAUAUUGAGACUUUAUAUUGCCAAUGUGAGAAUUUGUUGUGCUUGACUUAUACCUGUUUGUAUUGGGAUCUAUUUUUCUUGCUUUCUCGAUGUAGGGAGAGGGGGAAGGUGAGGAGAGAAUAUGUUGUUUCAUAACCACUGCUGAGUGCUUUUAGUUUCUGCCUUACUGUGAUGGCUGAGAGUAUGGAUGGACAGAUAUCAAACAGGUCUGGACUCAAUAGAACAUAAGAGCGAAGCUUUCACCAAAUGGUGGUACCCCUUGAUUGGCAGUCAUACCACUUUUUAUCCAUGGCAUUUGUUGCCAAAAUAGAAUACACACUAAAACCUUCUCUUCCUUAAAGUUUAUUUCAUUUUACCCUAGAAAGCAAAACAAAGCAGUGGGUAAAUGUUGCAAAGUGUCAGAUUUUGGAUCAGAAUUGAUGUCAGGAAAAGCUUCCUAACAAAGUUAUCCUAAAGUGUAAUUAGAAGGAGGUUCUCCCCUUUUGGAGAUAUUCAAAUGGAGACUGGAAACCCAUUUGUUGAGUAUGUUGUAGUAGUUCAUUUGCAACGAAAUCAAAAGGUUGUUUUUGUCCUACCUUCCUCCCUCUAUCCUAACUGCCCCCCCCAUGGCCUUAUCUAAGUUACAUCAUUAUGGUUAGUGACCCAUAUUUUCUGAACCUAAAAUGAGGUCCAUCACCUGUGUCUGCAGUAAAUUUGGAAGUCAUGUUAGCUCAAUAUUUUUGGAAUCAUUGCCACCUCCAAGCAUCAACAUACAUAUCUCUGGAUGUAGAGACUAGUACACCCACAUUUUUGUGAGGAAUUUGUUGUCCAGUCUGUGACUCUACUUACUUUGUGACUCUAUCUUAAUGUCUGCCUUAAAUCAGAACUCAGAAAAAACCAGUAUCAACGCCUGCUAUGUCCAUUUACUUCUAUACUUCUAUAUAAGGUAUUUCAUUUGUAGAAUGUUACAGGCUCACUCCCACAUGGAUACAAAAUGAUGCCCAGUCCUCCUGCAGCAGUAGUAAGGGCCCCAAAAGGGAGCAGAAGGUCAUACAACAGAUUCUUGGGAGUUGCUGCUCUUUAACCCAUUACUCCUGAUCCUGCCUUUCUGGGGAACGUUCUCUACACGGUAGCUUUGCUAACUGUAUGAAGACUGCUAGUGUCGCAAAGGCUUAUAGAUUUUGAGCUUCACAUCACCCCCCCAAGCCCCUUUUAUUUUUACCACUUUAUCUUGCUUCUCACUGAGUGAUAUCAUCAUUAAGACUCAAUUGCAACAAACGUAAUCCCAGAAUAUAUUUGGGUCCCAGAAACACAUUUAUUCAGCUGUCUGAAUUUGGGUUAAUCUGGGUGUCUACAAGGCAAUUUCAUUAUUUAAAGAACUUGAUUUUU